UAGAGAAUGAAUUGGUAGAGGGAGGACUGUUUGGGGACUUGCAACAAUAUUUCAGGCAAAAUAUGAUGAAGGCUGAAACUGGGGCAAUGAAUGAAGGCUGGAGAGAACCUAGGUUUGAGGGAGUUGGAGGAGGUAACAUCUGCGCACUUGGUUGCCAUUUGAGUGAAAUGAAAGGAGAGGUGGCAUCAAAAAUGUUAUUUGGCGUGUUUCGCUUGGAGGUAAUUAAUUCGAGGUGCUGCCUGCUGUAACAGGUGUGCACAGUGCUGCGGAGGGCGCUCACAGUUCAGCUGAGGGCUGUAGGAAGUAACUUGUGAGUCCCGAAGCCAUUCGGUCUGGGGGUCAUUGUCCUGAACAGAGAAGAUAGGAGGGAAACAGCUGAGCAUUGAGAGGUGUUCUUCCUUGUGGCUUAACAUUAUACCCAUGGGUCAUCCCCAAAAGCUGUGCCUGUAUUUCCCGGGGACUUCCGGAAACCCCGUUUCCUUCCGACCCCGCGGAACGCUCGGCGGGAAGCGUCGCUGGGCCACCAGAGGGCGCCAGGCGGGCCGCAGCGACCCCGGAGUCGCGUUAUGGCCGCGGCGCGGGUGCAGCUGCUCCUGUCCGGGCGUCCGGAGUCGGCGAGCUUCGCACGGAGUGUGUGCGGCCUCCUGCGAGCCAGGCCAGGGCUCGGGCCGUGGCCCAUUCACUGCAGCUUGAAGCGAGGACGGCUCGUCCUCUCCAGCAGGCCCUUCCCGGGCGCCUCCGCCAGGCUUCCGCUCCAGCGACCCCCUUUCUGCCCUUUUGCGGUCCUGGACCAGCAGCCCAGGGACCCUGUGGCCAAGCUGCCCACGAAUCGAGGUGUGGACCUGGGUGUGGCCGUCAUUCUGCAAUCCAGUGACCAGACUGUCUUGCUGACCAGAAGGACACGCACCCUCAGCGUUUCCCCCAACCUCUGGGUACCCCCCGGUGGGCAGGUGGAACCUGAGGAAGAGCUGCUGGAUGGAGGGCUUCGAGAACUUUGGGAGGAGACUGGACUACAUCUGCCCCAGGGCCAGUUCUCUUGGGUCCCUUUGGGGUUAUGGGAGUCUGCCUACCCUCCUAGGCUGAGCUGGGGUUUACCCAAAUACCACCACAUUGUUCUGUAUCUACUCGUGAUCUCCCAGGAAUCACAGCAGCAGCUGCAGGCCCGGAUCCAACCAAAUCCAAGUGAGGUAAGUGCCCUUAUGUGGCUGACAUCAGAUGUAGCUGCUGCAGUGGCUGCCACAGAGGAUGGGACAGAGACAUCCAGACUUCUCCCGGAGGACCUACCACCCUCUGUCCUUGCUGUGGAAGUAGAGGAGGAUGGGAGCGCCUGGCCUCUGGUUCUGCCCAUGUCCACCCUGCUGCGGAUGAUCCCACCCACGGCAGAGGACGAGGAGAGGGUCAGCACUGGAACCAAGUUUGCCCUCGGGCUCUGGCUGCAUCAUCUGGGCAGAACACCCCCACCACGUGAAAGUGGAGCUCACCUGGACCCAGGGCCAGCAAAGGAAGAAUGGAACAUGGACCUUCUUCCCCCAAACCGGGGAUCUGGAAAGAGAAGUGUAAAAUCCCCUCCCUCGCCCAUCUCCGUGACACUCACAGAACAUUCACAACCUUUAUUAUGGUGAGAGCUUCACUACAACUUUGGGAAUAAAAAGUAAAAUUACAACAUAGGUCUUAGGCCGUAGACGAGCCUGAAAAAGAGUGGGAAGGAGGGCACCAUGUCCUUCCACCUCCCUGGAAAGGUGCAGAAUGAGCCGGGCCUAACCACAGGGCCAUGGGCCUCUAGCUCAGGCUGGCAUAAGAAACACUGUGAAUUUAAAUAUAUAAAUAGAGAGGGACCCAGGCAACAGGCCAGGCCCUACUCCCAAACCCCUGGGGAUCAUGGCUAAGGCCUUACAUCCUCCUCAGUCAUACUGGAAGCAGGAGGCAGGGGAAGUCAUCUUUGGAGUAUUUUGGUUUUUCUUAUUUAUGUACAAAAAAAUCCACAUCCACAAUCCAAAAUAAAGUUCUUUGUCCAUCUCUGAAA